CUUCCAGCCUCGCGCGCCCGCUCGCCGCCGCCGCCGCCGCCGCGCCGCCCCUGGCCCUGGCUGGGCCGCUUCGGGCCCCGCUGCUCCGGAGCCAUGAACUUCCAGGCGGGCGGGGGCCAGAGUCCUCAGCAGCAGCAGAGCCUGGCGGCGCCGGGGGGCGGCGGCGGCGGCGGCGGUGGAGCGGGGGGCGGCGGGCAGUUCGGCGGCGCGGGGCCCGGAGCCGGGGGUGGCGGCCCCUCGCAGCAGCUGGCCGGCGGGCCCCCCCAACAGUUCGCGCUCUCUAACUCGGCCGCUAUCCGGGCCGAGAUCCAGCGCUUUGAGUCGGUACACCCCAACAUCUACGCCAUCUACGAUCUGAUCGAACGCAUCGAGGAUUUGGCGCUGCAGAACCAGAUCCGGGAGCACGUCAUCUCCAUCGAGGACUCAUUUGUGAACAGCCAGGAGUGGACCCUGAGCCGCUCUGUGCCGGAGCUUAAAGUGGGUAUAGUGGGGAACCUGUCUAGUGGGAAGUCAGCCUUGGUGCACCGAUAUCUGACAGGGACCUACGUCCAGGAAGAGUCCCCUGAAGGAGGUCGAUUUAAAAAGGAGAUUGUGGUGGAUGGCCAGAGUUACCUGCUGCUGAUCCGAGAUGAAGGAGGCCCCCCUGAGCUCCAGUUUGCUGCCUGGGUGGACGCAGUGGUGUUUGUGUUCAGCCUGGAGGAUGAGAUCAGCUUCCAGACGGUGUACAACUACUUCCUGCGCCUCUGCAGCUUCCGGAAUGCCAGCGAGGUGCCCAUGGUGCUGGUGGGCACACAGGAUGCCAUCAGUGCCGCCAAUCCCCGGGUCAUUGACGACAGCAGGGCCCGCAAGCUGUCCACAGACCUGAAGCGCUGCACCUAUUACGAAACGUGUGCGACCUAUGGGCUCAAUGUGGAACGAGUCUUCCAGGAUGUGGCCCAGAAAGUGGUAGCCUUGCGGAAGAAGCAGCAGCUGGCCAUUGGGCCCUGCAAGUCCCUGCCCAACUCACCCAGCCACUCGGCCGUGUCCGCUGCCUCUAUCCCGGCUGUACAUAUCAAUCAGGCCACGAAUGGCGGCAGCAGCGCCUUCAGUGACUACUCGUCCUCAGUCCCCUCCACCCCCAGCAUCAGCCAGCGGGAGUUGCGCAUCGAGACCAUCGCUGCCUCCUCCACCCCCACGCCCAUCCGCAAGCAGUCCAAGAGGCGCUCCAACAUCUUCACGUCUCGAAAAGGUGCUGACCCGGAGCGGGAGAAGAAGGCCGCCGAGUGCAAAGCGGACAGCAUUGGCAGCGGCCGGGCCAUCCCCAUCAAGCAGGGGAUCCUGCUAAAAAGGAGUGGCAAGUCCUUGAACAAGGAGUGGAAGAAGAAGUAUGUGACGCUCUGUGACAACGGGUUGCUUACUUACCAUCCCAGCCUGCACGAUUACAUGCAGAACAUCCAUGGCAAGGAGAUUGACCUCCUGCGGACCACAGUGAAAGUGCCCGGAAAGCGCCUGCCCCGAGCCACGCCUGCCACGGCCCCAGGCGCCAGUCCCCGUGCCAAUGGGUUGGCCAUGGAGCGGAGUAACACGCAGCUGGGUGGGGGCACAGGUGCCCCCCACUCGGCCAGCAGCGCAUCCCUGCAUUCUGAGCGCCCCCACAGCAGCUCAGCCUGGGCUGGCGUGCGCCCCCAGGGGCUGCACCAGCGCUCCUGCUCGGUGUCCAGCGCUGACCAGUGGAGUGCAGCCCUGCCUGCCAGCAUGCAGCACCCCGCCAGUGGCCCAGCUGAGGUCCUCAGUUCCAGCCCCAAGCUGGAGCCCCCCCCAUCUCCCCACUCCAACCGGAAGAAGCACCGCCGGAAAAAGAGCACCACCGGGACCCCCCGACCAGACGGCCCCAGCAGUGCUGCUGAAGAGGCAGAGGAGUCCUUCGAGUUUGUCGUGGUGUCCCUCACCGGGCAGACCUGGCACUUCGAGGCCUCCACAGCGGAAGAACGGGAGCUGUGGGUGCAGAGCGUGCAGGCCCAAAUCCUCGCCAGCCUGCAGGGCUGUCGCAGCGCCAAGGACAAGACUCGGCUGGGGAACCAGAACACGGCUCUGGCUGUGCAGGCCGUCCGCACGGUCCGCGGCAACAGCUUCUGUAUCGACUGUGAAGCCCCCAAUCCAGACUGGGCCAGCCUGAACCUGGGCGCCCUGAUGUGUAUCGAGUGUUCAGGGAUCCACCGACACCUGGGGGCUCACCUGUCCCGGGUCCGCUCCUUGGACCUUGACGACUGGCCGCCUGAACUGCUCGCCGUCAUGACCGCAAUGGGCAAUGCCUUGGCGAACAGUGUCUGGGAGGGGGCUCUGGAUGGCUACUCGAAGCCGGGCCCCGAAGCCUGCAGAGAGGAGAAGGAACGCUGGAUCCGGGCCAAGUAUGAACAGAAGCUCUUCUUGGCCCCGCUGCCAAGCUCCGACGUGCCGCUGGGGCAGCAGUUACUCCGGGCUGUGGUGGAGGAUGACCUGCGGCUGUUGGUGAUGCUGCUGGCCCAUGGGUCCAAGGAGGAGGUGAACGAGACGUACGGGGACGGCGAUGGGAGGACAGCCCUGCACCUGUCCAGUGCCAUGGCCAAUGUGGUCUUCACACAGCUGCUCAUCUGGUACGGGGUGGACGUGAGGAGCCGUGAUGCCCGGGGCCUGACCCCACUGGCCUAUGCCCGCCGGGCCGGCAGCCAGGAGUGUGCGGACAUCUUGAUCCAGCAUGGGUGCCCUGGGGAGGGCUGUGGGUUGGCACCCACCCCCAACAGAGAGCCCGCCAACGGCACGAAUCCCUCCGCAGAGCUGCACCGCAGCCCCAGUCUCCUAUGAAGCUCAGGAAGAGGGCAGAGGGACCAGAAGGACUCCAUGGCCUGGAGGGAACAGUGGAGAAGCAGGGGUGUGCAGUGAGGGAGAGGAGGGGAGGAGAAGGUCCAGGGAUGGAGGAGAGGCUUGGGGUCUGAGCCGCAGCAGAGCGGAGUGUGGUGUGCAGUCCUCUGCCCUAUGGUGCCGUUAAGGGACAGAACCCUUUGGAGGUACCUGUGAGGAGAGGGGGGCAGGACCUCUCCCUCCUCCAGAACCCUGCCUCCUCAUGAGAGCUCCCACAGGCCUUCACCCCGCAGUCCGUGGGGAAGGACAGGAUACAGGAUGAGGGUGCCAGAUGAGAGACAGGGGGCCAGUCUGUGAGUCCCGUGUAAAAUUUGUACAUUGGAGUAUUUAUGUUCGUGUAUAUAUGUGGUGUGCGUGUAUGAUGAGCCAAUAAACCAGGCUGUAUGUGUGGCCUCA